AUGCCAACACUAGAGACUUACAAUGGGUACCCUCUGUGGGAGUAUGUCCCUAGUCUCCCAGCCGCCGUAAUAUUCAUAGUGCUCUUCGGCAUUCUCACCUUGGCACAUACCUGGAAGAUGUUCGCUCACAGAAUGUGGUUCUGCAUUCCUUUUGUCGUGGGUGGCAUAUUCGAGACUAUAGGCUACAUUGGUAGGGCAUUGGCAUACAAUGCCACGGGCGAGCUCAUCCCAUAUGUCUUGCAAUCUACCCUGCUUCUCCUUGGACCCAUCCUCUUUGCGGCAUCAUUGUACAUGACGCUUAGCCGACUGAUCCGCGCCCUCGAUGCCGCUCAUUGCGCCAUGAUACCUCCUCGAUGGCUUACACGCAUUUUCGUGUUCGGCGACGUUUUCAGUUUCAUCAUCCAGGCGAGCGGUGCUGGUCUCAGGGUCCAAGCUGGCAUGGGAAAAAGCAGCAUAGACCCUGCGAUGGGUGGGCAUGUCAUUGUCGGCGGUUUGAUUUUCCAAAUCGUUAUUUUUGGCCUCUUCAUCAUCACAGCCCUGAUGUUUCACAUCAAAUUCAGGCGUGACACCGGAGCUCAAAAAUCAGACCACGUCCCUUGGCAGUCAACAUUGGCCAUGCUUUACUUGACGUCCGCUUUCGUCAUGAUCCGGAAUAUUUUCCGAGCCAUCGAGUAUGCUAUGGGAAGCGGGGGCUAUCUUUUGAGCGUAGAAUGGGGAGUUUACGUCUUUGAUGCUACCUUGAUGACAUUUACCAUGGCAGCCUUCUUUGUGCGUUACCCUAGUCAGCUGCAAGCUGUCCGCAAGUAA